AGCAACGAGUACAUCUUCACGCUGAUGGUGGAGGAGAGCCCCGGCGUCCUGCUGGGGCUGCGCUACGCCCCCGACAAGCUCCACUUCCUCUUCUGGAGCCAGGAGCGCUCCGGCGGCUGGCAGACCCGCGUCACCUUCCCCAACGUGUCCCUCUCCGACAACCGCUGGCACACGCUCGUCCUGGCUGUCUCCGGCCAGUCCUUCUCCUUGACGGUGGACUGCAGCAUCCCCAGAGAUGUGGUGGUGGAGACACCAUUCCCAGCCUCGCUGUCGGUGAGGAGAGCCAGUUUCUACCUGGGCAACAGGCGGAGAAGGAAAGGCGUGUUCACGGGCUUGCUGAGGCAGCUUGUCCUGCUGCCAGGAGCUGAUGCCACCCCCCGGAUAUGCCACGCCAUGAACUUCAAAGUAGCAGCGCUGUCUGUCCCCAGUGUCCUCCAGGAUGUCCCCGUGAAGCCAGUGAGCAACGAGGUGCUCAAAUACCCCUACGAGACCGACAUGAAAGUGACCCUGGGGGCCCGGCCACGCUGCUCCAAGCAGGAGAAGGCGCGGUUCUGGUUUAACGCGUCCCAGCGAGGGCUGUACCUCUGCAACGGCAGCACCUGGGUCUCCAUGCUGGAAG